AUGGCCAAACAGCAACUGGCUGUCAGGGAAAAUUAUCAAGAAAGCUUAACGGGAAACAGACACGAUUGUUUGCAAAUGAUGAGCAAGCGUGUAGUUAUGGAGCGGCUGGAUUACAGAACAGCGACAUUGUAUCAUAUAUCUCUCAGUAAACAAGUCGCUCCUACCACCAUCCGUUUGAGCUAUAACUGGUAUCAACAACAACACUUCUUGCUGAGCCUCGCCCCUGAAGUAAAGGGCAAAGAAGAAGAAGAAAAAAGCAGCCAGGUUACCGAUUCUUGUGUUAUUGAAACAAUGCCAGGUUCAUUCAAAUCACCCACCGUGAUCAGCAGUAAUGAUGAGGCUACUCCUUCGCUGAGAGGACAGCUUUUGCACGGCAUCUUUAGGCCACCAGGAGCCGACGUGUGGUUCGAUUUAUUAACAAACUGGUUAACAAACACGGAGCCUCACCCCUAUAUAGCAAAUACCAACAAAGCUAUGAUAGCAGAAACAUUUGUUACAAAGCAAAGUAUCAUACGUGUCAGUGAAGGCCAUCGACGCAUAAAGUUACCGGAUUAUGUCUGGUUCUCCCAGCACUUGGUCCUUUUAAAAGCUUGA